AUCGCUCGGCCCUGCCUUAAAGCAUCUUCAGCUACUAAAGGGGGAAAAAAAAGAUGCCGCUGUAAAACUUUUCAGGGCUAACGUGAAAAAGGGAGAGGAUUGACGCGAUGGGUGAAGACGAUAAAACAGAGUGAGGAACUUUUCUUACGGCCCUUCGCCAUCAAGGAGGAUCAGCAUGAUUACAUAGAUACCAUCUUUUAUUGGUUCAAGAAAAGAGACAAAAGUUUUGGGCGAAGUAUGGCGCGAGAGACCGGAGAGUCUGGAGAAACGAAAAGUACCAAAGUGAAAAAGCAUAAAAGAAGGAAAAGCAAAAAGGAGAGCAAAACCCGGAUUGUACACGCCAACAUUUUGUAUGACCAUACCAAAGGAGGGGAUAACCCCAACAGACACUAUGCAAACAAUAAGAUCAAAACCACAAAAUACACUCUGCUUUCUUUCCUACCGAAGAACCUCUUCGAGCAGUUCCACCGAUUUGCCAACGUGUAUUUUGUUUUCAUAGCCUUACUGAAUUUCGUGCCUGUGGUCAACGCUUUUCAACCAGAGUUGGCUCUUGCCCCUGUGGUUUUUAUUUUGUCCGUUACCGCUAUUAAGGAUUUAUGGGAAGAUUACAGACGACACCGCUCGGAUAAAGAAAUAAAUCAUUUGGACUGUCUCGUUUACUGCAGGAGUGAGAAACGAUAUGUGGAGAAAUACUGGAAAGAGGUGCGGGUCGGAGACUUCAUUGCCUGCGAUGCAACGAGAUCCUGCCGGGCGGAUGUUCUCCUGCUCAGCAGCAGCGACCCAGACCGACUGUGUCACAUUGAGACGGCCACACUGGACGGGGAAACCAACCUCAAGCAGAGGCAGGUGGUGCGCAGCUUUAUCGACCUGAUGAACCUGUUUGGUGUGUUUUACAGAAUCCAUCGCAGUGGAAAGAGAGACUGCCUGUACAAAGACAAUCUGCUGCUCAGGGGCUGCACCAUCCGCAACACAGAGGAGGCUGUAGGAAUCGUCAUCUAUGCAGGUCAUGAAACAAAAGCAAUGCUGAACAACAAUGGCCCUCGUUAUAAACGCAGCAAACUGGAGCGGCAGAUGAACGUAGAUGUGUUCUGGUGCGUCAUCAUCCUCCUGGUCAUGUGCCUCUUUUCUGCCAUUGGACAUGGCCUGUGGAUGUUCCAGUAUGGAGAUAAGAGGCCUGUCUUUGACGUCCUGAGCCCAGAAGGAACCAACUUAUCUCCAGUGGUCUCAGCCAUUUAUCUCUUCCUGACCAUGAUUAUAGUAUUGCAGGUGCUGAUCCCAAUCUCGCUCUUUGUUUCCAUUGAAAUAGUGAAGAUAUGCCAGGUGUACUUUAUACAUCAGGACAUGGAGCUGUACGAUGAGGAAACAGACUCUCACCUCCAAUGCAGGGCUCUGAACAUCACAGAGGACCUGGGCCAAAUGCAGUACAUUUUCUCUGAUAAGACCGGCACGCUCACGGAAAACAAGAUGGUGUUUCGCCGUUGCACUGUGGCAGGAGUCGAGUACUCUCAUGAUGCCAACGCGAGGAGGCUUGCUAUGUACCAGGAAAUGGACUCGGAGGAGGAGGACUGUACAUCUCAUGGUGGAACUCUCCCUCGCCGGGACAGCGUCACCAGCCACCAGAGUGGAAAAGUGGUAUUGCGAUCACAGAGCACUAAAUCUCACCGUCGUACUGGGAGCAGAGCCGAAGCCAAACGAGCCAGCAUCCUGUCCAAACACACUGCCUUCAGCAGUCCACAGGAAAAGGACAUUACUCCAGAUCCCCAGCUCAUGGAUAAAGUCAAUGAGUGCAGCAGCCAGAUGGAGUUCAUGCGUUUUCAUAGUCAGCCCCUGAAUCAGAUCCCCCCUGACCUGUGUGACGUCUUUGAUUUUUUCAUUGCUCUCACUAUCUGCAAUACUGUGGUUGUGUCCUCACCCAAUCAGCCCCGGCAGAAGGUGCGUCGCUCUGAGUUGAAGUCUCCAGUGAAGACCAUCGAGGACUUCAUCAAGCGCUUCACGAGCCGCCUGACCUCUGGCUCCAACAGCAGCAGCUCAUCCAGUCUGGCCACCAACCGCUCGUCCUCCCAUAAAGUGGGCUGCAGCAUGCUGUCCUCCCCUCGGCUGAGAGCACGCUCACCAAGCUGAACGAGGAAAAACGUCCGGAGCAUGACCUGCAGCAUGCCUUCAGCCCCGUCCCGCACAACCGAUAAAACAAAAGCUUUGGCUCAAGAUGAAUGCGAGCUCAGAUAUGAAGCGGAGUCGGACGAGGCUGCACUGGUUUAUGCAGGGGCCUAUAAGUGUGCUCUUGUCGGUCGUUUGCCAGAUCAGGUGACCGUGGAGCUUCCACACUUGGGCAAGUUGAGUUUCGAACUUCUGCACACACUGGGGUUCGACUCCACAAGAAAGAGGAUGUCAGUGGUGGUGAAACACCCUUUGACUGAGCAAAUCACCGUCUACACCAAGGGUGCCGAUUCAGUCAUCAUGGAUUUGAUCAGACCAGCCACAGAUGAUUGCAAAGGAAAGCGACAAAGAAAAAUCUUGUAUAAAACUCAAAACUACUUAAAUCUUUAUGCUGCAGACGGUCUCAGGACGCUCUGUAUCGCCAAAAAGGUUGUCAGUAAGGAGGAGUAUGCCAGUUGGCUACAGCUCCACCUGGAAGCCGAGACAGCCAUACAGAGGAGAGAGGAGUUGCUUUUUGAUUCUGCAUUACGACUAGAGACCAACCUCCAACUUUUGGGAGCAACAGGUAUUGAGGACAGACUUCAGGAUGGGGUUCCCGAGACCAUCGCCUCUCUGAGGAAAGCAGGCCUUCAGAUCUGGGUGCUGACAGGAGAUAAACAAGAGACUGCCAUCAACAUCGCCUAUGCCUGCAAACUGCUGGACCCAGAGGAAGAGAUAAUCACUCUUAAUGCUGACUCACAGGAGGCCUGUGCUGUAUUGCUCGAGAACAGUCUGCACUACAUCCAGGCCAAGUUCCUUUGCAACCCACGACCAGAUAGAGACUACGCUGACAUCCACUUCUCUUCUCCGGUGUGUUCCCCGGCUUCCUCUGGUCACUCCAGCCCGUUCCUGGUGCAUCGGCUAGGGCUGGUGAUCGACGGUCGAACCUUGGCCUACGCACUGGACAAGAGUUUGGAGGACAAGUUCCUGGCCGUGGCUCGAAGUUGCAGGUCCGUUCUAUGCUGUCGCUCGACGCCCCUGCAGAAGAGCAUGGUGGUCAAGUUAGUGCGGAACAAGCUCAAGGUCAUGACUCUGGCAAUAGGUGACGGAGCAAAUGAUGUUAGUAUGAUCCAAGUGGCAGACGUAGGGGUUGGGAUCUCUGGACAGGAGGGCAUGCAGGCGGUGAUGGCCAGUGACUUUGCCCUGCCACGAUUUCGUUACCUGCAGAAGCUGCUCUUGGUUCACGGCCAUUGGUGUUACUCUCGUCUCGCCAACAUGAUCUUAUACUUCUUCUACAAAAAUGCUAUGUUCGUUGCCCUCAUCUUCUGGUAUCAGUUCUACUGCGGGUUCUCUGGGUCAGCCAUGGUUGAUCAGUGGUACCUGAUCUUCUUCAACCUGAUGUUCUCCGCAUUCCCUCAGCUCAUCACCGGCACCCUGGACAAAGAUGUGUCAGCAGAAACCCUGCAGGAGUUGCCGCAGCUCUACAUGAAUGGACAAAACUCAGAGGAAUAUAAACCCUACAUGUUCUGGAUGAACAUGAUUGAUGCCUUCUACCAAAGCCUCAUCUGUUUCUUCAUCCCUUACUUUGCUUACGUUGACUCUGAUGUGGAUUUGUUUACAUGGGGCACUCCCAUCACCACCUUGGCACUCUUCACCAUUUUGCUGCACUUAGGCAUAGAAACCAAAACCUGGACGUGGAUGAACUGGGUGUCGAUUGGCUUCAGUAUAGCUCUCUUCUUUACUGUGGCGCUGUGCUACAAUGCUUCCUGCCCAACCUGUUUCUCUCCCAACACUUAUUGGACCAUGCAGAGGCUGCUGGGAGACCCUGUGUUUUACAUUCUGUGUGUUGUCACACCUAUUGCCGCUCUUCUUCCCAGAUACUUUUAUAGGGCUUGUCAGGGAACUCUAUUCCCAAACCCUGUCCACGUGGGAAGACAACUGGACAAACUGCCAGUGGACAUGCGCAGGAUCUUCCUGAGCCAGAGCCAGAUGAAGCUGGGCUCCCUCGGGUCACUGUUUCCCCCCGUGCUCCAUUUUUCCUCUCUGCAGGCCCUUUCAGAAAGACUACAGGCCCAGGGUAAAGCAAGCCCACAUGAAAUGCAGGAAAAAGCUCCAUCCUGCAGACAGGGCUCGGGCGGCCCUCUAUCUGAGAACUUACACUGCAUAAAGGAACCUUCGAGUCCCGCUGCAGGCACUCUGCCGUACACCAAACACUCCGGCCUCCAGGACUAUUUUGGAUAG